UUGAAAAGGAAACAGACGGAUUCUGGUAAGAAAUAAUAGAAGAAAGUAGAGAAACAACAGUCUGUGAAACUCUGAAACUGGUGUUAUUCAGUCGGGGAGCUUUGUAACUUAAGUCUGGGUUAAAAUGGCGGACUGGAGCCCGAUAGCGAAGGUUUACGACCCGCUGAAAGCCGGCAGCAUCGACGGUACCGACCUGGAGCCACAUGACCGCGCUGUGUGGAGGGCUAUGGGGGCCCGAUACAAGCCCAAUAAAGGGGUUGUCGGAGACCCUCUGCUAACCCUAUAUGUGUCCCGAUUAAACCCCCAAACAACCGAGGACAAGCUGCACCAGGUGUUCUCCAAGUACGGAGACAUCCAGCGGCUCCGGCUGGUCCGGGACAUCGUGACGGGCUUCUCCAAAGGGUAUGCCCACAUUGAGUACAAGGAGGAGCGGGCUGUGGUCCGGGCCCGCCGGGAUGCCAACAAGCUGGUGGUGGAGCAGCACGAAGUGUUUGUGGAUUUUGAGCUGGAGAGAACCCUCAAAGGAUGGGUGCCCAGGCGGCUUGGUGGCGGGCUGGGAGGGAAGAAAGAGUCCGGACAGCUGCGGUUUGGUGGCAGGGACAGGCCCUUCAGAAAGCCCAUUAACCUCGGGGGGGUCGGCCCGGAGCAGGAUCGAGCCGGUGGUGAUGGUGGAGGAGGAGGAGGGAGAGGAUGGGACAGGUCGGGAGGGAGAGACAGGGACAACCGAGACCGAGACGCGGAGUGGGGGAGUAGAAGCAGGAGGGAUGACCGGGACAGAGGCAGAGAGAGGGAGGACCGCAGUUACGGAGACAGGAGCAGGCACCGGGACAGGAGGUGAAGCCCAUAUAUCCACCUUUUCUCACCCGGAUCAAUGAAGUCUGUGACAGAUACUGACUCAAAUAGAUUGGGUAUCGGUGACAAUGAGCCGAUCUGCUAUCCCGUACCAUUAUUUUAAUUUUGUUUUACAAAGUUAAUAAGACUAUGUUUAAGUCGAGCCUGAUUGUUGCCAUACACAUAAAACAAUGAUCCCAAUAUCUUCCGCACUCUCAGACUUACAGCUUAUUAGUAAAACACUGAUAGCCGAUCGCACCCAGAGCCCAGGUAUGGGUACCAGGACUGGACAAAUGUGACUCAUGCUCCAGCUGUCUGCCUCCCAGUGGGCAGAGAAGGAAACUGUUACUGAUGAGGCCACUGGUGUUUGUGUUUAAUAGACCUGUCUUUGAACAGAUCAAACAGGACUAUGUGGUUAAACAGGACUUGUUUCAGUUAUGUUAUGAUACCUGUUCAGGUUUGAUGGUGGAGUCAGCUGCCAUCUAGUGUUCCUCAGGGAAAUCUGACUUCUGUUGCAUAAAGUCAUCAGAGCAUCAUAUACUUUCUACACAUUUUUAUAUUGAUGUUCUUCAACCUUUAAAAGAAGAAUGUGAAGCUAAAUGGAUGAAAUGUAUUUACUUUUAUACACCUAUAAAAUAUGAUUAAAUCUUAUUGAAUUUGAUCCACUGUUAACAAUUCAGUCUAUCUCUUCGCUGUAAGAAACUCUCAAGUGUCUAAAUGUGAAGCAUAUAACAGUGGGAAAGGUUACCUAAGGCAGGAUGUUUAAUAAUUUAGUCCCUUAGUCAUACUGUACUGUGUUUCCUGAGGGAGAUUUUCUGAGUUUCAUACUUGGGUUGUGCAACAUUGCC